GGCGCUGCCAGCUCGCGGCUGGACGCCCGGCAAGGCCAGGCGGUCAUGGACGGGAAUUUCUUAAGAUUGGGGGAUGGUUUGGGGGCAUCGGCAACCAGCGGCCGGUUGACAGCAGUCAAACAGCGCCAGUCAGUUGAUUUGGUUUGUUUGUUUUGAGGGGCCUAAAAUGGGCAACCACCACGGGCACGACGCCCUCAAGUCGGGGGAGCAGACGCCGACGUCGCAGGGCUCGCGCCGCAGCCUCCAUCGGCACUCGUCAGUGGGGCUCGACGCCCCCGACAAGCCCUUCGUGCAGAUGAUGCCAGUGGAACGCCUGGCCAAGAUCCUGAGCGACAAGGCCCAACAGCUGGACGGCGCCCCCGGCGUCACGUUGCCAGUGUUCCAGCGCUGUUUGUUCCCGCGCUACCCUCACCUGGCCGAGCGACUGUUCCAGCACUUCGUCGAGCAGGCCGGGAGCGCCAGCGCCUGCCUUCCUGCCCCCAUUUUCCGGCAGCAGUGCGACAAGUACUUGGCGAUUCUAGAUGAUGGGGCCAUUCUGGACACGUGGGUGCGGAUGUGGGCGAGCUUUGACGCCGCCAAAGGGGGCCACGUGAUCACGCCCGAGGGCUUCGCCGGGCUGCUGAUGUGCGCCUACCACGUCAGCAUGGACCACUACUCGGGCGGGCCCCAAAUGUGCCUGUCCAUCAACAAGACGCUCAAGGCCGUGGUGGACGGCUGCUUCUACCUGAAGCCCAGCCUCUCAGCUCAGUACGUCGCCCAUUGGCUGGCCGACAACGCCGCCCGCCUCCUGCUGCCGCUCCACCGCUAUGCAGUCCACACCAUCGCCACGGCGUGGCGCACCAUUGAUCAGGACACGCCCCCUGAGAGCUCGGGGCUGGAGCUGACCACGCCCGUCCUGGAGGAGGCGAACCCGUUCGGGCACGGCAAUCCGCAUCCCCACCUGCUGACCAUGAGCCUGUCGUGGCUGUUGGCGGGGGCGCUGCCGCCCAUCUACUCCACGCCGCAGAGGGCGAGCUCGCCCAGCAGCAGCGGCACCGGAUUGGCCAGCAUGGCCUUCCUGUCCAAGAUAGCGUGCGCCAUCCCGUCCCAUUGGGCGCUCCUGUACGACUCGGACGAGCAGGGCCUGGGCGCCAAUCGCUUCCUGCACCACGUGCUCGGCUACAAAGGCCCCACUCUGGUGAUCUUCCGCUCGGACGACAACGAGAAGUUCUGCGUGACGUCGCCCUGCGAGUGGAAGGAGUCGCACCACUAUUGGGGCGGCGAGGGCUCCGCCGUCUUCCAGCUGCUCCCCAAGUUUCAGCUGCUGGAGAAGGGCACCAAGCUGCUCUAUCUGAACACGACGGUGCGCGGGUACCCGCAGGGGCUGCGCGCCGGCUCCGACCCGCGCAGCCCCAUCAUCGCUGUGGACGCCGGCUUCGAGAAGAUGGAGUGGAAGAAGAUCCCGCUGCACAUCCAGACCAUCGAGGUGUGGGGCUGCGGCGACCAGGUGCAGCGCGAGCGGCAGCUCGAGGUGAAAAAGUGGGAGGUAAAGGAGGCGGAGAAGCAGCGCACGCUGAAGCUGAGCGCCGCCGAUUGGCUGGACCAUCCAGACAGGUACCUGCUGGAGCUGGCCGGGCGGCCGCAGUACCACCAGAACCAGACCUAGCGGUGCCAUGCCAAAGGAACCCAACAAGUGAUAUUUUGCCUCAAGCCCUCCAGCGGUUUACUUAAGCUGGCUACUUAACUAUAAUAUAAAUAAACACUAUUUUAGGAC